GAGGACGUAGUUGCGACACUGGCGAGGCGGAGGAGGCGCGUCCAGCACUAAGAGAAGAAUGCAGUAAAAAAACACUCAUUUUCUAUCUGAUCCACGAAGAUGAGCGUGAUCCAGGCCGGCCAUGAGGGCCGGGUGGACGGAGGAGGAUCCCCGAAAAUCCAGCCGAAGAUCCAGCCCAAGAUCCAGCCGAAGCCGUGCGCGCAGCCGCCGGCCAGCAGGGACGGCCGGCACCAGCAUCAGCACCAGCAUCAGCAUCAGCAUCAGCAGCAGCAUCAGCAUCCGCGGCAUCAUCACCCAUCAUCCAUGCUCAAACAACCAUCCUCGCACAACGAGCCCGCGGACGUGGUGAGACGCGCCUUGGACUUCAAGAGCCAGGGCACGCAGUGCUACAAGGACAAGAAGUACCGGGAGGCGAUCGGCAAGUACCACCGCGCCCUGCUGGAGAUGAAGGGUCUGUGCAGGCUGCUGGGGGACCCGGACCCCGGGUCCUUCCUGCGGGACCCGGACCCCGGGUCCUUCCUGCCCGCCGUCGGCAGGUCCAGCCGGCUCACGGACGAGCAGAAGGGCGCGAUGGAGACGGCGGAGCUGGAGUGUUACAACAGCCUGGCCGCUUGCCUUCUGCAGAUGGAGCUGGUGAACUACGAGCGAGUGAAGGAAUAUUGCCUGAAAGUCCUUAUCAAGGAGGGAAAGAACUUCAAAGCCCUGUACCGAUCCGGAGUGGCCUACUACCACCUGGGAGACUACCAGAAGGCCCUGGACUACCUGAAGGAGUCCCACAAGCAGGAGCCAACAGACACCAAUGUCAUCCGCUACAUCCAGCUGACAGAGAUGAAGAUCCGCCGAAACGCCCAGAGGGAGAAGAAGGAGGCGACAUGAACGCCCUCGAACCCGCCACCCCCGACCCCCGACCCCCCACGUGCCGCUCAGACCUUAAACCCUGUGAGUCGGAGCCUUCGGUGUCAAACUGUACUUGUUUUGCUUUUUCUGCCUUGCACAGCGCACGGUUGCCAGUUUCGUGAUUGAACUUUAUUGUCGUGUGCUUUGGAGUGUUUUAUUUAUUUAUUCUUUUGAGAACAAACAAACAAGAAAAAAGCACCAGAUUUUGAGUUUUUCUCUGCUAAAACCGCCAAACAUGUCCAGCUUGAAUCCAUCCCGAGCGUGUUUGGAAACCAGACGGAUGCACUGCCAGUCCAGACGGCGCACUUGCACGGGCCGACGGGUGCGACAGGACGCUCCCGUCGCACGCGUCGGUUCUGAAAGUAGCGCAAAGUCACACUUUUUUAUACAUCCCAGAAAAGAAAAGAAAAAAUCCCCCCCAAAAAGUGCUUUCGGUGAGCAGGUUCCCGCUCACCGUUUUUAAAGGGCAUCAAGAGCACAUGGUUGGUUUAUAAAUACAUAUCACUAAAUGUAAAUAGGCUACUUUCUAAAGUCGUGUGAGAAUAUGAAACUAAGAGGAAGCUAUUUGUGUAUGUCGAUCGGAAGCACUUCGUCCUCAGCAUUUAAUGUAAAAGACCUUAAGUGUAUAUUAAAGGUUUGU